GACCUGACUUAAACAAAUAACGGUUAAAGUUUUGACACAUACUACGCCAAAUAAGUCUUGCAAGCUCAUAUACUAAUAAAGUAGUAAAUCAACACAAAUUAAGUAAAUAAACUAAUCAGUAGUUACGUUUCCACAGUAAGAGCCUUUUGUCAGUGAAAAAAGUGAAAACGCACGAUAGACAUGGCACAGCUUCAAGAAGAGAUAUUAGCCGUUACAAAAGCUGACGAAGAGCUGAUUAUAGUGACUGGAUUUGGGCCAUUUGUUGGUCACGAGGAUGUAAAUGCCAGUUGGGAGGCCGUACGUCUAUUACCAGAUGAACUCAAAUGGCAUGGUCAUCACUAUAAACUAGAAAAGCAGGAGAUCCAAGUUGAGUACGCUGCGGUGGACAAGGUUGUGGAUGACAUAUGGAGACGAAAGCCAGAGCUUGUUAUUCACUGCGGAGUACAUGGAAACGCAAGCUGCAUACAUGUUGAAAAGUUGGCAUAUAAUAAUAAAUUUACGCGACCUGAUUUUGCCCGACAAUAUUUGCCAAAUGGUUCAGCUUGUUUAACGAAUUGUGACACAGAUACGAAAACUAAGGAUAUUUUGUAUUGUGGUUUGGAUGUUGAUAAAAUCGUACAAGUUAUCGCUGAGUCAUGUGAGUGCGCUCCAAUUGCUACUGAUGAAGCCAUAAAAAGUGUUCUCGAAGUAGAGCCUUUACCGAUCACAGUUGCGCAAAGCUCUGUUGAUGUGGGUAACUAUUUGUGUGGAUACAUAUAUUUAAAAUCUCUUGAUAGAGAUAGUAAACGAACUUUGUUCAUUCAUGUACCGCCCAUAAACCGCCCCUUCACCUCGGAGGAGACAAAGGAGGUUAUUUUGCGAAUAAUUGAAGAAUGUGUACGCCAGCUAAGGACAAAUAGGAAUGAAUCUUGUUGAUGACUUUUAAAAUAUCCAGGGAUUUUUAUCUGCUACCCAUUCUACCGACCUUUUGCUCACUAACUUAUAACAAAAAAAAAAAAAAAGAAAACUUCAC